UUUUUGGUCUGAGAUAAAAUGUUUGUUUCUAGAGUUCCUUUGAAAUAAUGCUGCUAAUCAGAGGAGAGAAUGAGUUUGUAUUCCAUCCCUCACAAGGGUAGGCUGGGAAUAAAUGGACAGUUUUGUGUUUGCACCAGUAGAAAUAGACCUGGGGGGUUCAGAGUUUGAACUGUGUCUGCAAAUUCCUCCUCGCUGUCACAUGUCUGUCAGACAAUGGAAAUCAAACAAACUGAAGUUGCUGAAGAUCUGCACUAAAAAUGAAAAAUUCUCAAUCCAUUCUGACAAAAGAUUGUGAACCUGAAUCCUUAAAUUUGUUGCUCUCCCCACAGCAGUUCCUUACCUGUUGAGCGAUUCUGGUGAAUUCAGUUUCAUUUUAUUCCAUUCACUCUGGAAUGGUUUAAAUUUCCUGAUUGUCUGUUAUACUUGGAAAUGUGUCCAGUACAGUUGUUGCUAACAAGGUUCACAUGAAUAAUCUCAGGAAUCAUCGGCUUUAUGUAUGAGGAGCAUUUUAUCGUUAUGGGGCUGUGCUCAAUGGAGUUCAGACGAGGGUGAAAGGGGAGGGGAUGGUUAAGUAAACCUACUGAAUGCUGAAAAGGCUGGAUACAGUGGACAUGGAGAGGAUGUUUCCAUUAGACGGAGAGUCUGUGAUCUGACAGCACAGUCUCAGAAUAAAGAUGCUUCCCUUUAAAACUGAAACAAGAAAAAAUUACUUCAGCCAAAAGAUGGCUGAUCUGUGGAAUUUGUUGCCACAGAGGUUGGUUGAGGCUGCCAUUUGAGUAUAUUUAUGGCAGAGAUUAAUAUACUCAUGAUUGCUAAGUAGCUUUUGGGUUACAGGAGAAAGGCAGGAAUAUGGUGUUGGAAUAAAUCUCAGCCAUGAUUGAGUGGUGGAGCAGACUUGAUGGAUCGUAUCACCUAAUUCUGUCCCUGCAUUUUAUAUCUGACCAUGACUGAACGCUGACUCCUUCCUACCCGAUAUCAGGUUUUGUGACACCUGUGGUGAGAGAUUUAUCUGAAUAAAAACCCGCAACUGUCAGCAACCGCGACUGAAGACGAGGGAACAGCAGCAAGUGAACCAGCCCGAGGACUGAGAGCACCGACUGGAGAGAAACCCUUUUGACUCAGGGUUUCCAGUGAUUCAGUCAGGAGCAAAUUUGGUUAAAUAUGACAAGGAAUUUGCCUAUGGGAAUCUCGAACACAACACGCCAGUUUUGCUGUCUCUGCCCAGAUAUUUAAGAAGAGGAGCAAGGGAUUCACUCGAUCAUCAGACCAACUGGCAUGCCCGUCAUUUUACAUGGGGGGACGCAUUCAUCUGCUCAGACAGUGGGAACGGAUUCACUCGGUCAUUUCAACUGAAGGUACAUCAGCAAGUUCACACUGGACAAGGCCAUUCACCUGUUAUAAGUGUGAGAAGGGAUUCAGUCAGUUAUCCCAAUUGUGGACACACCAGUCAGUUCACACUGAGCAGAGGCUGGUCAUUUGCUGAAUUUGUGGGGAAGGAUUUACUCGAUAAUCUGACCGAAUGGCUCACCAGCGAGUUCACACUGGGGAGAGGCCGUUCACCUGCUCAGACUGUGGGAAGGGAUUCACUAAAUCAUCUCACCUACUGAGACAUCAGUCAGUUCACACUGGAGAGAGGCCAUUCACCUGCUCAGACUGUGGGAAGGGAUUCACUUGCUCAUCUAAACUGAAGGUACAUCAGAGAGCUCACACUGGAGAGAGGCCAUUCACCUGCUCAGUGUGUGGGAAGCGAUUCACUCAGUCAUCUGAACUGAAGGUACAUCAGCGAUUUCACACUGGGGAGAGGCCGUUCACCUGCUCAGACUGUGGGAAGGGAUUCAGUUGGUCAUCCCAUCUGAAGGCACAUCAGCGAGUUCACACUGGGGAGAGACCAUUUAUUUGCUCAGACUGUGGGAAGGGAUUCACUCGAUCAUCCCACCUACAGUUGCACAGCUCUGUUCACACUGGGGAGAGGCCGUUCACCUGCUCAGACUGUGGGAAGGGAUUCACUUGUUCGUAUCAACUGAAGGUACAUCAGCGAGUUCACACUGGAGAGAGGCCGUUCACCUGCUCAGUCUGUGGGAAGGGAUUUGCUCAGUCAUCUGAACUGAAGGUACAUCAGCGAGUACACACUGGGGAGAGGCCGUUCAUCUGCUCAGACUGUGGGAAGGGAUUCACUAAAUCAUCUCACCUACUGAGGCACCAGUCAGUUCACACUGGCGAGCGGCCGUUCACCUGCUUAGAAUGUGGGAAGGGAUUCCCUUGCUUAUCUAAACUGAAGGUACAUCAGAGAGCUCACACUGGCGAGCGGCCAUUCACCUGCUCAGACUGUGGGAAGGGAUUCACUUGCUCAUCUAAACUGAAUGUACAUCAGAGAGCUCACACUGGAGAGAGGCCAUUCACCUGCUCAGACUGUGGGAAGGGAUUCACUUGCUCAUCUAAACUGAAGGUACAUCAGCCAGUUCACACUGGGGAGUGGCCGUUUACUUGCUCAGACUGUGGGAAGGGAUUCAGUCGAUCAAACCACCUACAGUUGCACAGGUCUGUUCACACUGGGGAGAGUCCAUUCACCUGCUCAGACUGUGGGAAGGGAUUCACUUUUUCGUCCCAACUGAAGGUACAUCAGCGAGGUCACACUGGGGAGAGGCCAUUCACCUGCUCAGACUGUGGGAAGGGAUUCACUCAGUCAUCUGAACUGAAGGUACAUCAGCGAGUUCACACUGGGGAGAGACCGUUCACCUGCUCAGUCUGUGGGAAGGGAUUCACUCAGUCAUCUGAUCUGAAGGUACAUCAGCGAGUUCACACUGGGGAGAGGCCGUUUACCUGCUCAGACUGUGGGAAGGGAUUCACUCGAUCAUCCAACCUACAGUUGCACAGGUCUGUUCACACUGGGGAGAGGCCGUUCACCUGUUCAGAUUGUGGGAAGGGAUUCACUUCUUCGUCCCAACUGAAGGUACACCAGCGAGUUCACACUGGUGAGUGGCCGUUCACCUGCUCAGACUGUGGGAAGGGAUUUGCUCUGUCAUCUCACCUACUGACACAUCGGAGAGUUCACACUGGGGAGAAGCCGUUCACCUGCUCAGUCUGUGGGAAGGGAUUCUCUCAGUCAUCUAAACUGAAGGUACAUCAGCGAGUUCACACUGGGGAGAGACCGUUCACCUGCUCAGAUUGUGGGAAGGGAUUCUCUCAGUCAUCUAAACUGAAGGUACAUCGGAUAAUUCACACUGGGAAAGGCUGUUCAGCUGCUCAGUUUGUGGGAAGGGACUCACUCAGUCAUCUUUCCUAAUGGCAGACCAGCAAGUUCACAGUGGGGAGCGGCGUUUCAUCUGCUCAAACUGUGGGAAGGGAUUCACUCAGUCAUCUCAUCUACAGAGACAUCAGUCAGUUCACAGUGGGAGAGGCCAUUCACCUGCUGAGACUUUGGGAAGUAAUUCUGUCAGCAAAAUCAACCAAAUGUGUAUCAUUGAGUUCACAGUGGGGAGAGGCUAUUCACCUGCUGUGAAUGUGCGGAGCGAUUCACUCAGGUCAUUUAACCUUAUGUAACUCUUGCUUCAGCUAGCAACUUAAUAUAGGGGGUGAUAGCCCCUGAGCUUGGCCAAACCUAAGAAAUCUCGUUUGUGUGAAUGCAGCAUGAUGUGUCCCCUGUUAUAAAUCCGUACCCCAAAAAUAACAAAUGGUACACAAUAUGCAAUUAAACAAUUGAACUACUUAAUUCUUACUUUGACUAUAGGAUUAGUAAAGGAAACAAAAAAAAAGAAAAAGGGCCCUUUCUCUCCAUUCGUGUCUUCUCAUCUCUCCCUGGCAAAAGACCGUGAAAAUCUACCUUCCAGACUCACAGGAAAGAACAAUAUCUCUCUCACUGGCUAGCUAGGCACUCCAAAACCAUGUUAUUUCCAGUCAUAAGCUAAACAUUGCUGCUGCAGAGAAACCAUUAGCUCAGCAGUGAAACAUAACAGAGAGACCAUUACAUUAGCAGUGAAAUCUCACAGCAUGUUACACUUGUGACACACUACCGGGUUCACACAGGGGAGAAAGUUUCAAUAAGCUGCAUGUUGGAUAUUUGUCCAUCACUGUUGCUAAAGCUAUUUUGAGAGUGACUAUCGGUGCUGAACUCUGCAAUUAUUGCUGCUGCUCACCACACCCAGUUCUGGGCAUGGGAGGAGAUUCUUCUACUGCAUAUUCACCUUCAAUGGGACUGGAGUUUAAUAUUGAGUGGGGUGGAGUGUGGCCAGUGAAGAAGUGGAGCUUUGAGGCUUUGGCUCAAGUAGUUUUGGUAGAUGGAUUGUGCAAUCAAGUCAAUCAAGAUUUGAAUAGCUCCUGGAGGCUUCGCCUGUCUGAAUUGAGUAACAGCAGUUUCUGUGCUGCGCCUAGUUUUGUCCCUUUCCCACUAGUUUAAACUGAAUUUAAUAUCUUCAGUUGCUGGUUCUUGAAGGGGAACAAUAUGUCUUUGAGGAGUGGGAAGUACUUGUCUGAACCUAGUGAUAAAGGCAACGGGAAAGGAAAGAUGCAAAAGGAAGGAUCUGAUGAAAUGCCAUUGUGGGCUGAAGAUAUGGCUUGGACACGUCCCCCUAAAACACGUUCAUACUUGCCAAUGUCCCCCUAAAACGCUUUCAUACUUGCCAACGUCCCUCUAAAACGCUUUUAUACUUGCCAACAUCCACUUAAAACGCUUUCAUACUUGCCAACUCCCCACUAAAACGCAUUCAUACUUACCAACGUCCCCAUAAAACAUCUUCAUAUUUGAAAACUUGAAAAGAAUAGUAUUGAAAUGAUGUCAUUUCUGGGAAAACUUAAGGAUCUGGAAACUCAAGUACUACACAAAGAGGAAUUGAAGAUAAUUAAGCAAAAAUUGCUUGAAAGUAAAAUAAAGUAAAACUCGUUUGGAAAGAUACCGAAAUAAGAUUAUAGACCUGAAAACUAGGUCUCGCCAAAGGAAUAUACACAUUGUUGGGCUGCAGGAAGGAGUUGAAAAAGUAGAUUUAACUGCUUACAUUGGUAAGCUUUUUCAUAACUCAUUUCCUUCUAUAUUAUCACAGCUGCCUACUGUAGAAAGAGCACACGCAACUUUUACUUCAAGAUUUCAAGAUCCAAAUAAACCAAGGGCUGUUCUGGUUUGUUUUCAUUAUUUUAAGAUUAAAGGUCAAUUAAUGCGACAGGCAAGAAAACAGAGUUUU